CAUUUCAGGUUUGGCCCAAGACAUCUAUGGGUCCGGGAAGCAGUACUGAAUUUUGUUCCAAACAAAGUCGGACUUACGCCGCAUGACACCAACAGACUGAACCGUUUUUUCAUGUGUUAUCUUUUCUUUACAUCUAUGAAACAACUAGUUUAAAGUCACCAGAAAUGGGUCCCGGAUAAAUUAAAGAAUAUUCCAGAAACAGUGUGGACUAACGUUACGGGAGAAACAGAAGGAGUCGCCUCACACCGGCCAUUGUGUAUUAGGAACGGAAUUCAGUUCUCGCCAAAUUGAAGCCCCGUGCCCCAUCCCCUUACUAUCCUUCCUGAUUCUGUUCCGGGAGAGUUCAGACCAGUAUCAUCGCCAAGAUAGCCGGGCCAGGCAGGAAGAGGCACACCUCAGAUCCAGACCCCAGCAGUGGUAGUGAUUCCAGCGACGGGCGGCCUGUUAGUGCCAAGUGCCUGAAGAUGGCCAGCAGCGGUGGUAAUGGUGUCGCUGGUAGUGAGACAGUGGGCCAUCGUGGUGGGACUCAGCAGAGAGGAGGCAGCGGCAGAGACAACAGCUCAGACCUGACCUCCAGUACCAGCAAGAAGAAGCAGAAGGACAGGGCCAACCAGGAGAGCAGAGAGGCCAAGAGGGCAGCCGCUGCAGCAGUAGAUGGGGUUAUUGCAGAGGUCAAGAAAGAUGUGUUUGUGGACUGGAAGCAGAAUGUCAAUGAAGUGACAGUCAGACUACGCUGUGGGGAGGGGGUGCAAAGGAUAGAGGAUAUCGGCACAACCUUCACUGAUACACACUGCCAUGUGUGCUUCCCAGAUGGACGGCAGUGGAGCUGCCAAUUGCAGGAGGAAAUUGAAGCCUCCUGUAGCAGAGUCCAGUACAAGGAGAAGGGGGGUUUCCUGCAUGUCAUCAUGCAGAAGAAGAUUCCUUUUCACAUUUGGCCUUCGCUUAAGUCAAAUAAGAAGGAGAAGGAAGCAGUACCCACAGAGACCAAAAAUGACAAGGAGCUGGAGAUGAAGCCUGUUGUCUUGGAGUCAUCAGAGAAACCCAAACUGCAGCCUCAACUGCAGCCACAGCCUCCCUCCUCACCUGCUCGCAGCGAAUCAAGACGCAGCGGUGGCAAAGCUGAGCGAGGUGUCAAGCGCUGCCUGAAAAAUAAACCAGCGUGUGACAAGGCCACUACGGACUCUGUAGGGGUGAAAGCUGGAUCUGGAGAUGGCUCAGCCACCACCAGUAAGCCUGUUACAGUUACUGGAGGCGAGCGGCAGCCUCAGGAACCCAGUGCCAAGCGCACUAUUGUACGGCUGCCUAAGCCCACCAAGGAGGCUACGUUACCGGCCGACAGGGACUCUGUCAAGUCUACAGUAGCCAAUGGUAAAGCUCCACACACACACCUGUCCGCUGGUCGGAGUCUGCAGACGCAACGCAGAGAUGGAGACAACAGAGCAGAGAGACUAGGCAGUGGUCAGGAACAGAAACCAGAAGCUGCGGUUACUGCUGCCAGCCAAACCAACAAAACUCAGGAUGCGGAGAAGCAAAACCAGUCUGGAGCAACAGCACAUGGCAAUGAUAGCCAACCAGCAGCUCCCGUCAGCACCGCUGAAUGCCUCAAAGCUGUCUGCUUCAACAACGAAGUGGACUCUUCUCCAGAAACGCUGCGAGAUAGAACUGACUCUGAGCCACAGAAAAGGCCUGCUGAGCAGGAAUCGGAGCCGGAUACUCUGAUCCGCCAGCAUCUUGGAUCAGGAGAGGCAGGUUUAAUACCAGCUGUUGGCGUGGCUGCCAAACAAGGCCAGUCACCCGGUGUAGCCCAGAGGCAGGGCAGCUGCGACGGAGAGGAGAAGCAGGACCAGUCGAAGGAGGAGCCUCCUCUGGAAAUGAAGCAACAGGAAGCCCCAGAGCCGAUGGUUAACCUGCAGUUUGUGAAGAAUGAUUCGUACGAGAAGGGCACGGACCUGAUGGUGGUUAAUGUUUACAUGAAGGGGAUCUGCAGGGACACGGCCAGGGUCAUCUUCAGGGAACAGGACUUCACCCUCAUCUUCCAGACGAGUGAUGCUAACUUUCUGCGGCUUCAUUCAGAAUGCGGGCCAAACACAGUCUUCAAGUGGCAAGUCAAACUCAGGAACCUGAUCCAGCCUGAGCAGUGCAGCUACUCUUUCACCCCGUCCAGACUGGACAUCAUCCUGAAGAAGAGACACAGCCAGCGCUGGGGGGGUCUAGAGGCCCCUGCCACACAAGGUGCAGUGGGUGGCGCCAAGGUCGCUGUACCCUCCAGCCCUACCUGCAUGGAAAAGAGCCAGCCAGGCAGCAGCCAGCAUAGCCUCCCAGCUAAAGAAGAGCCUCCAAGGGUCGGGGAGGAGAAACCCAAGGCCUCCAAGACCUCUUCUAGAGUGGAGGAUGGCGGUCUGGACACCGUAGCUUCUCGCACUGUCUCUGAGCAUGUUGCCAUCACCAAGCCAGAGCCCUCUGUUACCACGCCUAAACCCACCUGCAUGGUGCAGCCCAUGACUCAUGCACCUCCUGCCAGCAAUGAGCGUCAUGAAGAAGAGGAGGAGAAGAAGGUCUGCCUGCCUGGUUUUACAGGAUUGGUCAACCUCGGCAACACCUGCUUCAUGAAUAGUGUCAUCCAGUCCCUGUCCAACACCAGAGAACUCAGGGAUUACUUCCAUGAUCGAGCAUUUGAGGCAGAAAUCAACUGCAGUAACCCACUGGGAACAGGAGGCAGGCUAGCCAUUGGUUUUGCUGUGCUGCUCAGGGCCCUUUGGAAAGGAACACAUCAUGCCUUCCAACCCUCAAAACUCAAGGCGAUUGUGGCCAGUAAAGCUAGUCAGUUCACAGGUUAUGCCCAACACGAUGCCCAGGAGUUCAUGGCUUUUUUGCUGGACGGGCUCCACGAGGACUUGAACCGCAUCCAAAAUAAACCUUACACAGAGACAGUCGACUCUGAUGGGCGGCUGGAUGAGGUUGUGGCGGAGGAGGCAUGGCAGAGGCACAAGAUGAGAAAUGACUCCUUUAUAGUGGACCUCUUCCAAGGCCAGUUCAAAUCCAAGCUCGUCUGCCCCACGUGUUCCAAGGUGUCUAUCACCUUCGACCCUUUCCUCUACCUGCCUGUGCCCUUGCCCCAGAAACAAAAGGUGCUCUCCGUUUACUACUUUGCUAAGGAACCUCAUAAAAAACCCAUCAAGUUUUUGGUGAGUGUCAGCAAGGAGAACUCCAGCACGGCUGAAGUCCUCGAAUCCAUCUCCAGGAGUGUCAGGGUCAAACCAGAGAACCUCAGACUGGCAGAGGUGGGGAAAAAACGUUUCCAACGCGUGUUCCUGCCGUCCCAUUCCCUGGACACAGUAUCCUCCUCUGACAUGUUGUUCUGCUUUGAGGUGCUUUCCAAAGACAUGGCCAAAGAGAGAGUGGUAUUGCUCAGAGUGCAGCAGAGACUUCAGGUUCCUAAUAUUGCCAUCUCAAAGUGUGCUGCCUGCCUAAAGCCUCCAGUGUCUGAGGAAGACAAGCUGAAGCGGUGCACUCGCUGCUAUCGUGUGGGCUACUGCAAUCAAGUGUGUCAGAAGACCCACUGGCCCAAUCACAAGGGUCUGUGUCGACCCAACACAGAGAACGUGGGCCUGCCUUUCCUGGUCAGCGUGCCAGAGUCUCGACUCUCCUAUUCCCGCCUCACCCAGCUGCUAGAGGGUUACUCCAGGUUUUCUGUCAACGUGUUUCAGCCUCCUUUCCAGUCAGACAGGACAUCCCCCGAAACAUCCCAGUGCCGGGUUGACCUCCCCACAAUGCCACCAGGCUCUCCUGAUGGUCUUGGGCCUGGGGAAGAGGCCAUGGGUGGUAGCAGUACUGUAGAAGCAGGUGAUCCGGAGCUGGAGAGCCACUCUCUGCUGCCUGAAUCUCAGGCAGAGUAUGCUCAGGCCUCAGCCCUCCACUCUGGGGAGUCAGAUUCUCUCUUCUCGUCUCAGACCUCACUCUCCACCACACGGACUUCAGAUUCAGGAUUCUCUGAGCCAAACUCCUCUACUUCCUGCUGGGCUUCGGACCCUCAUGCUGAAAAAGAGACUUCAUGUGAGAAGGCAGUACGGCCAGAAGCGGCAGUAACAGGGUAUCAGCAUCCAAGUGAAUCGGCGUCAGGCCAUGCCAGUCAGUUCUACAUAGCUUAUCUGGACUCUAACAACAAGGAACAGAGGCUGGAUGAGAAAGAGGAUGUGCUGGCGGACCUCCCCGAAGACUCACUCCUGGAGCUGGUGUGGAAAAACAACGAGCGUUUGAAGGAGUACGUCCUGGUGAGCUCCAAGGAACUGGAGUAUGAGGAGGACCCCGGCUCUCUGAGUGAGACGGCCAGAGCAGGACACUUCACGCUGGAGCAGUGCCUCAACCUCUUCACAAAGCCAGAGGUGCUGGCACCAGAGGAGGCAUGGUACUGUCCAAAGUGCCAGCAGCACCGAGAGGCCUCCAAGCAACUGCUGCUGUGGCGUCUGCCCAACGUUUUGAUCAUCCAGCUCAAACGCUUCUCGUUCAGGAGCUUCAUCUGGAGGGACAAGAUCAAUGACAUGGUUGACUUUCCGUCAG